UUAUUACACCACCGGAGUGAAAAACAGUACUGUUUUUUCAAUUAAUGUAUUUUUUAUGAUUAUUUUUAAUUUGUUGUGGCGCCCCCUUUAAUAACAACAAUCAUCUGUCAAAUGUCAUCUGAUAAAAAAUGCAUAAUUCUUAUUAAAAUCAAUUUAAAACGUAAAAAACGACCAGCAGUAACUCCUCUUUGUUAGAUUAGACCACUUAUUUUUUAUUUUUACGAUGCGUUUUGUUUGGUUUUGAUUUUUGCCUCAAGACUCGAAAAUGAGUAAACACAUGUAUUCGACGGCAAACCUCACCGAUAAGGAGCUGAAGGAGCAAGGGAACCGUUUAUUCAGCUUAAGGAAGUACGAGGAAGCGAUCAAUUGUUACAGUAAGGCGAUUAUUAAAAACCCCGAUGUUCCCCACUAUUUCACCAACAGGGCCCUUUGCUACUUGAAAUUGGCGCGUUGGGAGCAAGCAUGCACCGACUGCAGGCGCGCCCUGGACAUGGACUCGAAUUUAGUCAAAGGGCAUUUUUUCCUAGGUCAGGCCUUACUAGAGACCGAGAAUUACGACGAGUCGAUCAAACACCUAAUGAGGGCGUCUGAUUUAGCGAAAGAACAAAAACUCAAUUUUGGGGACGAUAUAGCGGCACAGUUGCGGGCCGCCCGCAAAAAACGGUUUUCGAUCCAGGAAGAGAAACGGAUAGCUCAGGAAAUCGACCUUUUGACGUAUCUCACCAAACUGAUAAAACGUGAUAAAGAGACACAAAUCGAGGAUGUGAAAAACCAAGGGUUUGAAAAUGAGCUUGAGGAGGACAAAAUACGCGAAAUCGAGGAGAAAUGCGACUCCCACUUGAACGAACUUAACUCACUUUUUAUGAAAGUUGACGAAAAACGACGAAAACGGGAAGUGCCCGACUACUUGUGCGGGAAGAUCAGUUUUGAAAUUUUACAGGAACCUGUGAUAACUCCUAGUGGGAUUACGUAUGAUAAAAAGGAUUUGGAGGAACAUCUUCAGCGAGUCGGGCACUUUGAUCCCGUCACCAGAGUGAAACUAACCCAAGAUCAGCUCAUUCCUAAUUUCGCAAUGAAAGAAGUUGUCGAUGCAUUUCUUGCCGAAAACGAGUGGGCUUUGGACUAUUAACUUGUAAAGAAAUGAAUAUAUUUUGUAUCUUCCUAAGGACACUGUUAUCUAAGCACAUGUUUCGCUUGAUUUCCGGCUGUAUUCUUGUUUAUUUAUGACUAGUUAAGUAAUACGUUUCACGGUUGAAGUUUGUCGUUUUCUUCUGGAUUUUCUAAUUUUUGACUGAAAAUAAAGCGAUUGAAACGUC